CGUGGAGUGCCUGUAAAGCCAUCACGGGCAGAGGUGUUCGAUCUGUCUGCUACUCGAUCUAGAUCGACUCCAAGCAAGGUAGAGAGAGACACACACACCAAUGGCAUCCCUGAAGCUCACCGCUGUGCUCGCCGUUCUCGCCGUCUGCGCGGCGACGACGCCGGCGACGGCGUACCCGCCCGAGAGCUGCGGCACGCAGAACAGCUACUUCAUCAACUGCCUCCGCCGCGGGUUCGGCGAGAGGUGCUGCGCCAUGGUGGAGACCCCCAGGUGCUUCUGCCAGGUGGAGCGGGAGGCGGAGAUCCACUGCGUUCCCGGCCGGAGCUGCCCCAGCCGUGGCCUCGCCAAGGUCGUCAAGGUCGCCGAGAUGCACCUCCGCUGCAUGAAGAACCUCAAGUGCAAGCGUGCCUAAGCUAGCUAGCUGUUUUCCUUUGUUUUCUCGCUGCCUCCCUCCUCUAGCGAUGUACUUUGUCAUUUUGGUUUGUUUUGUUUUGAGUAUGCGUUGGUCGUGCUACACUCUUUGCAUCCUCUUAAUCCGUUCCAUCUUAGGACAGGGUGAUGUUUUCCCCAUCUUGUGCGUUGUUCUAUGUGAUGAAAUCUUUUUUGAGCUUUCUACGUGAUGAAAUCUUGCUA